AUGGCCUCACUUCAAGAGCGUAACGGCGCUUCGAAGCUCCCACCUCCAUCGAGGCUUCCGUCUCAAGAUGCCAAAAUCUUGGUUGUUGGAGCUGGGGUAGCCGGCUUGGUCGCAGCAUUGGAAUGCUGGCGUCGAGGGUUUGACGUCGAGAUCCUCGAAAGAACCGAUGGACAAAUUUUGACAGGUGAUACCAUCUCCCUUGCACCCAGCUGCCUCGGCGUCUUCAACCACUGGCCACAGAUGGCCGUCGAGCAUAACAAGUACGGAUACGAUGCCUUGAUUUCAUAUGUCAAGCAUUCGGGAGAGCAUAUAUUUGGACCGAUGCCAGCUCCGAUGGGACAACCUGAUACGGACCUCAGCGACCCAACCCGGGUACGGUGUUACUUUAUGCAUUCGCGCCCGCAGGUCUAUCGGACAUUCCUGUCAGAAGUGCAGCGCUGCGGGAUACCCGUCCGCUUUAAUACAACAGUGACCAACUAUUCCGAGGACGAAGAAGCCGGCAGGGGCGAAGUCCUGACGGAAGACGGUCAGAAAAUCGUGGCCGACAUCGUGGUUGCGGCUGAUGGAGUCGCCUCCACGUCUUACAAAAUCGUGACGGGCAGGAAAACGAAAGCCAAAAGCAGCGGAUUCUCGAUGUAUCGGGCUGCAUUUCCCGUGGAUCGAAUCUUCGCAGACCCCGAGCUGCAAAAGACUUUCGCGACAUACGGCGACAGGCCACGGUGGGAUUUCUAUAUCGGUGAAGACACUCAUUUCACGGCUUUCACCUCCAAAGACCUAGCAACGUUUUCUUACACCCACAGAGACGACGGCUCGGCCACAGACUCGUGGACAGCAUCUUUGAGUCCACCAGAUGUACUCAAGGUGAUGGAGGGAACUCCGGGCUGGAGCGAUCAGAUCAAAGGUUUCAUCAAAGCCGCCCCGGGCAAUAGUAUCAUAGAUUGGAAACUGCUGUGGCGCGAUCCUCAGCCGGAGUGGACGUCGCCCGGUGGCCGUGUGGUCCAGAUAGGCGAUGCCGCCCAUUCCUUUCUCCCGACUUCAGGCGGAGGAGCCACACAGGCGAUAGAGGACGCGAUAUCACUAGCAGUCUGCCUGUCGACUGGCGGCAAGAAGAAUCUUGCAAUAUCGACCAAAGUCCAGCAAAAGCUGCGGUUCGAGCGCGUCUCCUGUCAUCAGCUAAAGGGUUUCCUGAACCGCGAAAUGAUCCAUCGCACAGACUGGGAACGGAUCGCCAAAAACCCGUCCGCGAUCGAGCAGAAACACGGUGACUGGAUUGUCAUGCACGACCCUGAGGCGUACGCGAACGAGAACUACUGGAAAGCCUACGAUCACGUCGUUCGUGGCACCGAGUUCGUCAACACCAACGUUCCCAAAGGCUGGAGUAACAGGCAGUGGACGAUUGAACAGGUCUAG